UCGACCGCGCUUGGUUCCUCCAUAAAUAUAGGCAUUUCUCCAACAAUAAAGGAGAGCAGAGACCGCGUUUCGAAAAGACAAGGUUCUCAAGUAUUCCUCCACUCAAGGGUUGUAAACAUUACCACAGCAAACGAAGGUAAACAACUCACGCUUUUUAGGAAACCCAGAGAGUGCUUCAAUGGAGAUCUUAUCAUCCCAGUUGUUCCCUGAGAUAGUAACAGAAGAAACACUACAACAUGCGUAUCAACAUCAUCAAAUAAUGAACGCCUUCGAUUUCCCUCUUGAAGAUUUCGACUUCAAAUUUCUCUCUUCAGAAACGUACUCCCCUUGUUCACUAUUUGUUCCGGAAACAACGCGAGGUCUCAUGGAUCCGCCAGUCAAAGUUGCACCGACAAUCAUGGAGAGGCCAAUGAAGAUGCCAAAGACUCAGAGAGUGAGCAACUCUUGCUCACCCGAAACAAACAAUGCCCCCACAACGGCGAUGUCCUCGCUGUCAUCUAGUUCCCAGUUGAUAUCUUUUGCAAGCUUGGAUUCUUUCCCGACUGAAUCGCAGCAGAUUUACGGUGCUUAUGAGAUCCAAGACUGUCAAACAGAGACAAAGAGAAUUGGCGCAAUGAGUAGACCACCUAUUGAUACACGAGAACACCUGAUUGCUGAGAGGAAGCGGCGUGAGAAGCUUAGCCAGAGCUUCAUUGCUCUCUCUGCUAUCAUUCCUGGCCUUAAAAAGAUGGACAAAGCAUCGAUCCUCAGUGAUGCAAUCGACUACAUGAAGCAGCUUCAAGAACGCGUCAAGAAACUCGAGGAAGAGGUUGCAAUCAGGACUGUGGAAUCAGUUGUGAUUGUAAAGAAGUCUCAGGUCUCGGCGUUCGAUGAUAUAUUCUCAUUAGAUGAGAACUCUAACCACUUUGAGCAACAACUCCCUGAGAUCGAAGCAAGGGUCUUGGACAAACAUGUUCUUCUUCGUAUCCAUUAUGAGAAACAAAAGGGAUGCAUGACGGAGAUACUUAGAGAAAUAAAGAAGUUGAAUCUAUCUAUUCUUAAUAGCAGUGUAUUAUCGUUUGGGAGUUCCAUACUAGAAAUGACAAUCGUAGCUCAGAUGGACGUUGACUUCUGCAUGAAUAUUGAGGAUCUCGUCAAGAGUCUACACACAAGCUGUGUAGGAUUGGAUGAAGCCACUCCUUGCAUUCUAAUUGCAAAUGGAAAUGGGUCUUGCUCAGAGAGACGAAUUGGAUUAGAUUUUUAGUAUUUUUAUUUUUUAUUUUUAUCUCUUGUGCACUUCUCGAAAGUAUUCUGUAUUCAUCAGUUUGUAGCUGUUGUAAUAAAAGUAAUUUCAUGGAUUGUGGGAUCAUUUCUGUAUUCAUCAGUUUGUAGCUGUUGUAAUAAAAGUAAUUUCAUGGAUUGUGGUA